GAGUGGGAUCAGUUCAGGGUUACUGGGACAGGAACUGGGACCAGCACGGGGACUACGGGGACCCCCCAUGGCAGAAAGCGAUGACCCUGCCCGCCGGGACCCCGCCCCCGCUGGCCCCCGCACCCAGCCCUGCCGGCCCGUGCCGAGGGUCCACGCCUUUGGAAAGGGGGAGCAGGCGCUGCGGAGGGACCCCCGCACGCCCCCCGCCAUGCAGGGCUGGCUGCACAAGCAGGACAGCUCGGGGCUGCGGCUCUGGAAGCGCCGCUGGUUUGUACUGGUGGAUCUCUGCCUCUACUACUACCGGGACAGCAGCGAGCAGCAAGUGCGGGGCGGCCUCCCCCUGCCGGGCUACGAGAUCCGCGUCCUGCCCCCCGCCCCCCGCGCCCCCCGAGCCCCCCGGUUCCUCUUCACGGCUGAGCAUCCCGGGAUGCGGACGUACUGCCUGGGGGCUGAGACCGCCGAGGAGCUGCAGGCCUGGGUGUGCGCCCUGCGCCGGGGGGCAUCGCCCCUGCCCGGCUCCAGCCGCUCCCUGUCCCAGCAGACACUCCGGGAACCCCGGGGUGCGGAUCCUCCCUCGCCCCCAUUGCCCACGCACUCCCCAGGUGAAGGGUUCGGGGGCCCACCCGUGCCCCAUCCUUGCUACCCCCCAGUUCCCCCACUGCCCCACACCGAGGUGCCCCCAGCCCACGAGGAGCUCCCGGCGCGGGGAUGUCCCCCCAGGGCCGGGGACACGCCGGAGGGGCCGCGGGGACCCCCCGAGCCCGCGCCCGCAGGGAGGAGCCCGAGGAAGCCCCGCCCCCCUGGAGCCGCGCCGCAGCCCCCGCCGGAGCGAGCCAGCGGGACCAAUCAGCCACCGGCCCCUCCAGCCGCCUCUUCUGAUUGGCUUUCGAGCGCCGCCGGGCCCGCGGGCACCGCCCCCGCGCCGCCGUCCAAUGAGGCGUCGCGGUGGCGGUGGGCGGGGGCGGGUGGGCGUGGCCGGGCGCUCGAAGGUGUGGGCGGGCGGCCAAUCAGAAUCACGCUGCUGCAGGCCAGCUUCUGAGGGGGCGUGGCCGGGCCGAGGGGGCGGGGCCCGGUGGGCACGCGCGGCGCGCGGCCCCGUCCCGGUGCGGAAGAUGGCGGCGGGAGCGCGCGGCGGGAGCGCGGCGCUGCGGCGGCUGCGGGGCGGGGGCGCGGGCGCGGCCCCGCGGGGCGCGCGUGUCUCCCCUGCCCCGCUGUCCCACAGGGGGUACUCCAGGGAGGCCGAGGGAAGCUGGUUCCGCUCCCUCUUCGUGCACAAGGUGGAUCCCCGCAAGGACGCGCAUUCCAACCUCCUCUCCAAGAAGGAGACCAGCAACCUCUACAAGAUCCAGUUUCACAAUGUGAAGCCGGAAUGCCUGGAAGCCUACAACAAGCUGACAGAGGAGGUGCUGCCCAAGCUCCACUCAGACCCCGACUACCCCUGUGACCUGGUGGGCAACUGGAACACGUGGUAUGGCGAGCAGGACCAGGCAGUGCACCUGUGGCGCUUCUCGGGCGGGUACCCGGCGCUCAUGGACUGCAUGAACAAGCUCAGGCAGAACAAGGAGUACCUGGACUUCCGCAAGGAGAGGAGCCGGAUGCUGCUGUCCCGCAGGAACCAGCUGCUCCUGGAAUUCAGCUUCUGGAAUGAGCCCCAGCCCCGCCAGGGACCAAACAUCUAUGAGCUGAGGACCUACAAGCUGAAGCCAGGGACCAUGAUCGAGUGGGGCAACAAUUGGGCUCGGGCCAUUAAGUACCGCCAGGAGAACCAGGAGGCAGUCGGGGGGUUCUUCUCCCAGAUCGGGGAGCUCUAUGUGGUGCAUCACCUCUGGGCCUACAGGAAUCUGCAGUCCCGGGAGGAGACGAGGAAUGCGGCCUGGAGGAAGAGGGGCUGGGAUGAGAAUGUUUAUUACACUGUCCCGCUGAUCCGGACCAUGGAAUCACGGAUAAUGAUUCCCCUGAAGAUCUCCCCCCUGCAGUGAUUGGGGGCCCCCGGACUCCCCGCCCUGCCCUGGCCCUGCUGGGGAAGGGCUGGGGAGGUUCUGCUCCCUCUGGCUCCCAGCUCUCUCCCCCAUCCCAUUUUGGGGUGCCCUGGGGGAUUGAGAGCAGAGAGGGGAAGAUGGGAGCCCCCCAUCCUGCGGUGGGUCCCCAGGAUGGUGCUGCUGGGGGGGCUGGGCAGGCUGUAGAGGGGCCUUAAUUGCUCCUGAUGAGCCCAGCCGGUGCCUUUGCUGCCAAUUAAAUAUUUAAUAUGCUAAA